AAUUACGUCAAUUGACUUUUAAUCAACUUUAAAACGACUAUCUUAGAUUAUUUAUUACCUAUUAAUCGAUAUAGAAUCUAAGGAAAUACAUAUUUUUCAAUAUGGGCGAAGCAACCCCAGCAAUGAAAUUUCAACUGGGUGGUAGUUUCCGAAAACCAACAAGUGGUUUCCUGCCACCCGGCAAACCAAAAACAAUCUUGAGGAGCUUCAGGCCUGCAGCACUAAAUAUAGUUUAUGAAGGCAAAAAUCUCACUCCAAAGCAACUCAACCCUGAAGUCUAUCGCUUAGCCAAAGAACGCCAACUGGGCGUAUAUGGCGACGAUGGGUCAGCUUUAUCUUGGAAGGAAAGCAGUUCUACGGCCGGUGUAUACGAUGCUCCCAAAUCCACCCUCAGAUUCAAAACUGAAAUGGGAGAUACUACCGUCCAAGGAAGUGUGUUUCGUGCAGGUUCAGGAUUCGAGGCGGCUCUCGAUGUAUCAAUUCCUACGGAACUGACAGUAGCGACAGACACUAGAUCAGAAACUUCACAAGAGGUUGAUAUUGUUAAGUCAAUAGAUUCAUUAGAAGGAUACGAAAUGCAAAAAGCACCUACACAUGUCAGUCUUAUUUUGAGCGAGACUAAUACGAAUUUUAUUUUGGAUAUACCAAGUUGUACAGCUUUAAAGGAUACAGAAGAAGGAGAUUUAGUUGAACAGUUGAACCAGGAAUAUGAGUACCUUACUGAAGGAAAAGGCCGGAACAGAAAAGUGGUUAACGCGGAGGCGCAGACGGUACAUAUUUUGAAAAAAUCCCGAAAUACCGAAGCUGAAUUUGUACAGACAAUAAAUAGAAAAGCCUUCGCUUCUAAUUGGGAGAUGUUUGACACUUUCUACAAUGAAAAAGACAAUGAAACAGAGCCUACUGAUAAUGAUUCUAAUGAAAGUGAUGAAGAUACAGUCGUAAAUCAAACCCCAUCAGCCUAUUCCAUUGAUAGCUAUAGAAUGCCCGCAGACGAAAAACAAAUCAUUAAACUAAUGAAAAAUCCUAAGUUUCAAGAAGCGGUCUGCGUUAUCGAACGUUUGCUGGCAAACAAUUGUUUUAAUGAACAGCAAAAGAGAUUUAGAGGUCUAUCUGAUCCAAGUCCAUUUCGAGAAGAUAUUGAAUAUAAAUACCGGUUGGAUCUUUUAUGGACUUUUGCUAACAGUUAUACGAAAGGUCGUUGCGUUACUGCGUUGGAAUGGAAUCCCUCCAAUAAAGACCUGAUUGCUGUAGGUUAUGGAAAAUUUUAUUUUUCUGAUAACCUUCCUGGAAUGGUCAUGGUUUGGAAUAUUAAAAAUCCUGUUCAACCGGAGAGAACUUAUAAUUUUCCUGAUUCCGUUACAACUUUAAGUUUUUCCACCAAGGAUCCAAAUAUGUUAUGUGUUGGUUUCUACAAUGGCUACGUGUGCGUCAUAAAUAUCGCCAGUAGAGUCCUGAAUGUCUUAGCGGAAAACGUUCCUUCAUUCGAAGCUGUUUGGAGCGUCGUAUGGAGAGCGAAUAUGGAUACCACCAAAGGCACUGAACAAAUUUGUGCCGCAUCAGACGAUGGCAGAGUUAUAUUUUAUACGAUUGAAAACACCAAACUGUUACAGGCUCAGCAAAUGAUGCGAGUUGCAAAAGCAGAUGGUAAACUUAAAGGCUACAACACAAUGCGAAAGUGUUCAAACCUGAAUAUUCCUGUGUCCAGAUAUGCUGGUGCGAGAUUUAUCCGCUGGCAUCCAGAUGACCCUAACAUUUAUUUAGUUGGAACUAAUGAAGGAGUAGUUCACAAAUGCUCGACUAACUAUUUAAACCAACAUUUGGAUCUUUUUUUGGCACACGACGGGCCUAUAAAUGAUUUAAAGUAUUCGCCCUUUAGUAAAAAGAUUUACGCCACUUGUGGGGAUGACUGGCAUUUAAGAAUAUGGGCUGAGGGUAUAUCUGAACCGUUGCAUGAACUGUUCGUAACAAUGAUGUCGGUGCAAGCAAUGGAUUGGAGUCCAACUCACUCAACCAUAUUAGCUACAAUUUAUGGAAAAACGAUUCUAUUGUGGGAUUUUCAAAGAAAAGUGUGGAAACCCCAGUCGGAGACUCAGUCGCCAACUGGAUCCAGAAAUACUAUUGUUCAAUUUAUUGAUAGCGGUAGGUGUCUGGUUGUUGGCGAUAUUGACGGAAACGUCCACGUUUUCUCCUUAGAAGAUAUGCCUUUUCAAGCAUUUUUCCAAGAAAAUUUAUUAUUUGAAGCACUAGAAAAGAGCCUAAUGACUAAUCCAAAUUUAAUGGAAAAAGUAAGGAAGCUAAGGAGGACCGCUCUGGGAGUGGAGGAACCUCCUCUUGAAAAAUAAAUAUUUAGAAGUUUGUAAUAUAUUUAUUUAAUGUUAGCUAUAA